CUGAUAUCCACAAAAAAUACGACCAUGGCAGCCAAACAGCGUGUUUGCAUUAUUGGAUCUGGAAACUGGGGUUCAGCUAUCGCUAAGAUAGUUGGAGCAAAUGCUAGUAAUCUAAGCAUCUUUGAUGAUUACGUUACGAUGUAUGUAUAUGAAGAAAUUAUCAAUGGAAAAAGGUUGACCAAUAUUAUAAACGAGACACAUGAAAACGUAAAAUAUCUUCCCGGACAUAAACUUCCAACCAAUGUGGUUGCCAUUCCCGAUGUAGUAGAAGCUGCAAAGGAUGCGGACAUCCUCAUUUUCGUGCUCCCACAUCAAUUCAUCCGAAGGAUAUGUAAAACACUGUUGGGAAAUAUUAAGCCUACAGCAGUUGGUCUUUCGUUGAUAAAGGAACUACGAUCGCCACUGUGAUGACGCACAGAACACACACCCGAG